AUGUUAGUAUUGAAAAACAUGUUCCUUGACAAAAUAAAACCAACUACAGAAAUAAAUGACGCAAGACUGAAAGAUUGGGUAAAAGCUUUCCCAUUCACAAAAGAUAUAGUUGGUAACAUGGAAAGAAAACCAGAAUGGCUACAAAAACAUAUAUUUGGAAACGAGCUUAUUCCAUAUGGACAAGCUCUGUUUGAAGAGCUUGAACCGGAAACUCAGGAAAGAGUCAUGCAAACAAUACGCGAAGACUCAAAUACAAACUAUGACAAAAUCUUUCUAGGAUAUAGGUUACCUGAGAUGGGCGACCAGAGCCCAAAGGCAAAAAGGACAUGGGAAAUUUACAACAUACUAGGUGAACAUGAGGCAAAGAUGCAACAACUUGAAGCAGAGGGCAAGUUACCAAAAGCGACACCAAAGAAGAAGAGAAGAGUAGAACAAAGUGAAAGUAGUGAAGAAGUAACUUCAUCUAGUGAAAGUAGUGGCAAUGAAGGAAAAAGAAGAGUUAAAAACUCAGUCAGGAAGAAAGUAAAGCUUGGUCGGAGUGGGUUCUAUUAUGACAUAUAA